UUCAUUUUUUCAUUCUCAAACACUCGCGAGGAUAAAAUUCAAGAAUUGUUCUCAAGAGGAGACAACAGGUCGAGUCUUAGUGGCACAUUACAGGUGUUCUCGAAUUUCUGCCCGAAAUGGCAUAAUUAUGACCGUGAUAGUAAACGAGAUAAUUGUUCGACACACAAUCCUUGAGAUAUUAUACAAAUUUCACACCAAUUUCGCUACUUUUGAAUGUUAAAAUUGUACUCGAUGACAGAGUCGUCAAGACGCAUAUAAAUGGAUAAAUUAAUGUAAAGUUGACAUAAAGUAUCAUGAUGUAUGAACUAAGCAACUUACAUUGGUGAAUUUACAAUGAAGUGGCACAUCUUAUUCAUAGCACUCACUGUGUUAUGCGCAACUAUAUAUGCAGAGGAGGAAGAAGAAGCUGCUAGAUUAUUAGUUUCCAAACAGAUACUCAACAAAUACCUGGUAGAAAAUAUGGACAUAGUUAUUAAGUAUACUAUUUAUAAUACUGGCAACGUGGCAGCGUUAGAGGUCGAGAUUACGGACAAUUCGUUCCAUCCAGAUCAUUUCACUCACGUGAGCGGCGAGUUGAACGCUAGAAUCGAUCGCGUGCCACCCUAUACCAAUGUAAGCCAUACUGUGGUAGUGAGGCCACGCAAAUUUGGAUAUUUCAACUUUACUUCAGCCGAAGUUCUCUAUCGUCGCAAGGAAGAUGCCCCCAGAUUACAAGUGGCUGUGAGCAGCGAACCUGGCGAAGGACUUAUUGUGGCAUACAGGGACUAUGACAAACAGUUUUCAUCUCAUGUGGUCGAUUGGGCCGCGUUCGCUGUGAUGACUCUACCUUCCUUGCUUAUUCCAUUCGCCUUGUGGUACUCGAGUAAAUGUAAAUAUGAGAAAUUACUGAAGAACACGAAAAAACAUUGAUUGUAUAUUACAUGUUAGAAUCGUUUCUAGAAAUUUCUAGGUCACUUUAUAAAUUUUCCUAUAUCAUUGUAAGAAUCACAACUGUUCUAUUACGUAUAUCUACUUUUGUAAUAAACGUGACGCUAUUUAUGAACAUCAUGUUGCAUUUU